UUGGACUGAUACAGACUUUUCACUCGCCCGAAUACAAAGUCUGUGUCAGAUAGUCAAACGUCUUGAUCCUUUAUCACUUCCCUUUCUUAUACGGAUUAGGGAGCGAGAAUCAGACAUACAGAUUAGCUUAAAGGGGGAAAGGAGGAUAACGAGAACCAGAGGGAGUCAGAGAGAGAGAGAGAGAAGUUGGUCGGGGCUAUGGCGACUCGAAGGAUCUCGUCGCUACUCUCUCGACCGUUCGCUGCUUCUUCGUUACGUUCUCUAGGCAGAAAUUCAAGCUGGAGCAGAGGCAUCUAUCGGUUUAGCACUGCUACUGCGACUGAAGAAGUAAUUACUCCACCUGUUCAAGUUGAACAUACCCAGCUUUUAAUCAAUGGACAAUUUGUGGAUGCAGCAUCAGGGAGAACUUUUCCUACCUUGGAUCCUAGGACGGGAGAGGUAAUUGCACAUGUUGCUGAAGGUGAGGAUGAAGAUAUUAACCGGGCUGUCUCUGCUGCUCGAAAGGCAUUUGAUGAGGGACCGUGGCCAAAGAUGACUGCUUAUGAAAGAUCACGGAUAAUAUAUCGCUUUGCUGAUUUGCUUGAAAAGCACAAUGAUGAAAUUGCAGCAAUUGAGACUUGGGAUAAUGGAAAGCCAUAUGAACAGUCUGCUAAAGUUGAGAUACCAAUGCUGACACGCCUCUUUCGAUACUAUGCUGGUUGGGCAGAUAAGAUUCAUGGUCUCACUGUCCCUGCUGAUGGACCAUACCAUGUUCAAACCCUGCAUGAACCAAUCGGUGUUGCUGGGCAGAUUAUUCCAUGGAACUUUCCUCUUCUCAUGUAUGCUUGGAAGGUUGGACCUGCAUUAGCAUGUGGCAAUGCUGUUGUAUUAAAGACUGCAGAGCAGACACCCUUAUCUGCUCUCUAUGUGUCAAAGCUAUUCCAUGAGGCUGGUCUUCCUCCGGGUGUUUUAAAUGUAAUAUCAGGAUUUGGUCCAACUGCUGGUGCAGCUCUUGCCAGUCAUAUGGAUGUGGAAAAGGUUGCUUUCACGGGAUCAACUGAUACUGGGAAGAUUGUUCUUGAAUUAGCUGCAAGAAGCAACCUUAAGAAAGUGACACUAGAGCUUGGAGGAAAGUCCCCCUUCAUUGUCUGUGAGGAUGCUGAUAUUGAUAAGGCUGUUGAGCUUGCACACUUUGCUCUGUUUUUUAAUCAGGGACAAUGUUGCUGUGCUGGGUCUCGCACAUUUGUUCAUGAAAAUGUAUAUGAUGAGUUCAUAGAAAAAGCAAAGGCACGUGCUAUGAAGCGUGUUGUUGGUGACCCCUUCAAGAAGGGUGUAGAACAAGGUCCCCAGAUUGAUGCGGAACAAUUGGAGAAGGUCCUAAAGUACAUAAGAGCUGGAAUUGAAUGUGGUGCUACUCUCGAAACUGGAGGUGAAAGGUUUGGUACCAAAGGCUACUUUAUUCAACCCACUGUCUUCUCAAAUGUUGAGGAUGGCAUGCCAAUUGCAACUGAUGAGAUCUUUGGUCCAGUGCAGUCCAUCUUGAAAUUCAAGGACCUUGAUGAUGUGAUACGAAGGGCAAACAAGAGUCGUUAUGGGUUGGCUGCAGGAGUCUUUACCAAGAACAUCGAGACUGCCAACACCUUGAUGCGUGCACUAAGAGUAGGGACAGUAUGGAUUAAUUGCUUUGAUGUCUUUGAUGCUGCAAUUCCUUUUGGUGGAUACAAGAUGAGUGGGCAGGGCAGAGAAAAAGGAAUCUAUAGCCUAAGCAAUUACUUGCAAGUAAAGGCUGUUGUUUCUCCUUUGAAGAAUCCAGCCUGGUUAUAAUCUGCAUCCUGAUGUUAUUCCAUUACCAAAAACAAGUCCUGAUGUUAUUUUGCCCCUCUGCUUAUAAGAAUAAGAUGCAUGCUUGUUUUUGUCAACAGCUACUUGCUUCUACAGCUGGUCAUAUUUUAACAAUCUAUUGAUGCAGUGGAGUGGGAUUUAA